GGAGCGGGCGAGUGACGGGCGAGGCGGAAGCGGCGCGGGCCGCCAUGGGGGGCUCGGCCAGCCUGCUGCCGCGGGAGGCGCUGGGCGAGUACCAGGAGCUGACGUUCCUCAGCAAGCAGGAGAUCCUGCUUGCCUACAAGAGGUUCAGUGAACUGCUGCCAAAGGAGGAGAGGGAGAAUGCCUGCUCCGCGCGGGUUCCCAAGAGCCAGAUCCUGACGUUGCCUGAGCUGCGGGCAAACCCCUUCCAGCACCGGAUCUGCCGGGUCUUCUCCACCUCGGGCAAUGGGGACGACAGCAUGUCCUUUGAAGACUUCCUCGAUAUGCUGAGCGUCUUCAGCGACUCCGCUACCUCAGACGUCAAAUCCCACUACGCCUUCCGCAUCUUUGACUUUGAUGAUGAUGGGACCCUGGACAGAAAGGACCUGGAGAAACUGGUGAACUGUCUGACGGGGCAAGGCGAGGAGUCCCGGCUGAGCCACGCAGAGAUGGAGCAGCUCAUCCAAAACAUCCUGGAGGAGUCUGACAUCGACAAGGACGGCACCAUCAACCUCUCCGAGUUCCAGCACGUCGUCUCCCGCUCCCCGGACUUCACCAGCUCCUUCAAGAUCAUCCUGUGAGAGCCCUGCGGCUCUCCAUCAGCACUGCUCCUCCGGCUAUUGCAGCUCUUCGUGGUCUCAGACAUUUCCUCUUUCAGCAAACAGAGCGGCUGAGGCUCCUGCUCCUCACCAGCCCAGCGGUGCCGCACAGUGCCUUAGGCAGGACACCCUCCUGCUCCCCGUUCCCUCCCGACAGGCGAGAUGGCGGGCGGCUGCAGCCUGCAGCAGUCGGUCCCCGGGAAGCUGCCUUGCCUGCAGCCCCAGCCGCGUCUGCCAGAGCAGGAGCUCUGCUCUCCCAGGGCUGGAUUGUAACUCCCGAUGCAAACCAAGGGCAGCUCUAUGGGUGGAGGGAGGCACACAGAAGUGCUCCUGGCCAGGGGCCACAUGCACCGAGCACAGCCCCUCUCUGCCCUCAGUACCAAUUCGUGCCUUCCACUGGCAGGCAGGGAGCUGCCUCCCCCGGCCAAGCCCCUGCCUGGCUCUCACGUCUUCCUGGGGGCCUCCCUGCUGCAACGUGGAUCCGUUUCUCAAAGCAAUAAGCCAAACGUGGAUCUGUUCCUCGAAGCAAUAAGGCAAACGUGGAUCUGUUUCUCGAAGCAAUACCCACAAAUGUGGAUCCGUUUCUCGAAGCAAUACCCCAAGUGGCACUGCAGAUGUGCCACCCUGGCAGCAGAGCUGUCCCCCCACGGCUGCACAGGACGCAGGACGCCUUCUUCCACCAACCGUCGAGGCAGCGCAGCCGAGCUCACCCCGUGCUGCCUUGGCACUGACCGCGCUCCUCUUCCUCCUCUCUUCCUCUCUGCCCCCUGCUCUGGCUCCAGCUCAGCAGCUGCUCUGCCUGCCCUGGCCUCUUCCUCCCUCUGCUCCUGCAAGGACACAAAUAAAGGGCUCUGGUUUCA